CAGUGAUGGCAAAGUUUUGGCGUAAAUUAGAUAAAGAAGGGAUUCUUGCAGAACCGUUAGUGCGUUAUUUGUGGGAAAACCAACUUACUGCCAGUGAAGAUGAUGAUGACGACAUCAAAGACUUCAUCGAACUUAUGAAGGCAUUUGGACUUCUCUUUGAAAAGAAUGCAUCAGAAGAAGACGGUCGACUAUUUGUCGUCCCUUCUCGGAUGAAGACCAAGCCUAAUAAUAGAUUGGAGAUUAGGAAAGACGAUGAGCAGACAGUAUCCAUCUAUGUGACGCCUAAAGACUUUCUCCCCGACGCCGUCUACGAUGUCUUGGUCGUUAGAUUUGUAAGCCUGAGUCAGGAUAGAGGUCGCCGUGAUGACCCUAAACUGUUUCAGAAUAAGGCUGAAAUUAUAUUCGAUGAUAAGCAUUAUGUGAGACUAGGUCGGAUUUAUAUUGAUAACAAACAGUCUUUGAAGCUUGAAAUAUCACGAAUGAAAGAGCGAGACGCAUACGGUGUAGACAAGCCAACGUGCAAGCCGCAUCCCGGCGUAUGUACAGAGGUUUUGAAAGUUUUAAAACAAAACCUAGAUGAGGUAUAUCCGUCUAAGAAAGUUGUUGGCUAUGAACUGAACAUACUUUGCUCUGUCUGCGUGAACCCUGAGAAACCACACUUUCAAGAACUUGAGUACUGCUUAAAGAAUGAAUAUAUACAUUGUUAUAAAACAGGUGAACAUAUAGCAAUGUCAACAGCUAAUGUGCAGAACCUUUUUAAAGCAGAUUGUUCUGUUGUCCCAGUACAAUCGACUCCGCUCAUUACCUGUGAUAAAACAGGUCAACAAAUGGCAAUGGAAACAGAUAAUGCACAUGGUCAAUGUGCAAAAGGAACAAGGGAUUUCCAGGUUAUGUUGACACAAGUAUCAAAGUGGUAUGAUAAACACGAAUUAACAAACAUGCUGAAAUUAUUGUACAAAGAUAAAGUGAGCAUUGCCGGCGAUCUGCUAAGAUCCACGACUACAUUGGACCUGUUCAAGUUGCUGUAUCGCAAUGGAAGUCUUCAACCAACCGACCUCAAAAUCAUAAUCGACACGAUUGUUGUUACUAAUACCCGUGGUAUUGUAGUACAGAAAGUCAGUGAUAUACUUUGUAAGGCAUUUCACGAGACUAACGUAACAUCUUUCUCAAUUCAUCGACAAAAACUGAUCAAACUUGGUAGAGUGUUAUUGCCACAUGAGGUAAAGAUGCUCGGUGGUGUGUACGAUUUACCAAAGGAGCAAUACAAAGACCAGUGGACUCUGAUACUAAAUUUGGAAAUGAGGAGAGAAAUUAACGAAAAUCGAAUGAGUCCAUUUAUUCAGGUCCUGAAGGACAUUGGACUGAAUCAUGUAGCUACAGAAUUAGAUCACGAAGAGGAAUGCAUGUGACUGAUUAAAAAAAAACGUAACCUUCAACAUUAAAGAAGAUGUUGUACAUUAGGAUGAUGUUUAUGACAAAUACGCAUUAGCUAAACUAAAGAAAAUAAUGAACGACACAACUCAUUAACUACAUAGUAAUCUACCACUCACCACACUCCUUUGUUCCUGUCAUGUAUUUGCCCUUUGAAAUAAAGUAUGCGUGGGGUUCGACACAAGCACAAAAGGUACAGCCUCACAACAUAUUGUGGUCACAGUGUACUGAUAGUGGGCCAACCACUCUUUGUUAGACAAUGGUAUAUAUAGGCGUUGGCAAGCCACAAUGAACACAUUGAAUACAGGUGCCAAGUAUUUAACAGUUCCCAACUCCAUUCACCUUAAUUUCUUAAUACUUUUUUUUUCUUGAUAAUAAUGUUAAUAGGUAAUUGUUGUUUAAGUGCAAUUUUGGCCAAAUUUAAUUAUGUUUAAUGUGUAAUAUUGUUUAAUAAUGUUUAAUAUUCUGUUUGUAUGUACUCUUUAUCCAUGAAUAGAUAUUGUUUAUUACUCAUAUUUUUAUACCCUUAGUUAUCUUUUACUUUUUACUGAAUAUGUUGUUAACACUUGUAAUGUAAUUUCUGAGUUUUUCAGAUAAUACGAUUACUGUACAUUGAAUCUUAAUUCUAUUACAAUAUGUACUGUUGUGUUAUGCACACCAUAAGCUGUAGGGUAUUAUUUAAGAUACAUAUAUUCUUUGAUCUCUCAAACCGUAGUAUAGAGCCAAAACUGCCAUUCCACGUAAACUAUUUAUUUAUAUUUUUAUAUACAUUAAUUCUAUUUCUAUAUUGAAUAUGCUUGAUGUGCUUAUUUUUAAAAACAAGGUCUUGUAAUCUCGAAAGCUCCAAUGAGGGCAGUAUAGAAAGAAAGAAUUUUUUAAAUAAUUAGAAUGUUCAUUUGUACAAAAUUAAAAUGUCUUAAAAUUGAAUAAAUAGAAUUUUUUUUAAUUUGGAAAAAAAUAAAAAAUUGACCUACCAAGACGCGAUUCGAACUCACUAUUUUUGAUUCCUUAACCGAUUGUGCCAUCCAUGCGACGUGUCCUAUUAGUGGUAAUGGCAGAAUGUACAGUCGUGACUGAAACCCACUAUUCUGUUUUGUAUUGAGCACCCUGGGGUCCAACUUAACAAUAAUUAGAAUGUUCAUUUGUACAAAAUUAAAAUGUCUUAAAAUAAAAUGUCUUAAAAUUCAAAAAAAAAAGUUGGAAAUUCCCUCUAGUUUAUGUGUACAAAAUUUCCUGCAAGUCCGUUAAAACCUGGCGACGCGGACCUAAAAAGUUCUAUAAAUCAUGGCCCUAACGGCCGCCCAUACAAAAAUAUCUAUUAAUCCUCCUCAUCGGAGCUAAAAAUUCUAGAUACAGUGUUUAAAUGUGUCUUUUGUAAUGUAAUUUUAUUUUUUUAAAUGUAAUUCUAAAUAUCAUAAAUACUUCAUUAACUAAAAUUGUCAGUAUUUUUUACGUCAGAUUUUUCUAAUAACUUUGCUCUCAAUUCAGUUUUCUUGCUGCAAAUGAGUAUUUUUAUGUAUAUACAUUUUUGAUGUAAAUAAACCUGUGUAUAAC